CUUAACAUCCAGUCAGCUGUUUCUGUUAUCAUUCGUUUCGUGACGUCAUAGUCCAAAUUGUGCAGAUGUUUGCUUCGUUGCCUCCAUCGUAAAACGAAUGACAGACGACAAACCACGGCAACCGUCAAAUUUUUCCCGUCAUGAGAGAGAAGGAAAGAUGGCGACGUCUCGUAGCGUGAGUGCGUGGUGCUUGUUCGGGCCAAAACAAUUUGUGUGAAAAGCAAUGGAUUCAUUCGAAAAGUGCUCGUGAACUCCGUCAGACACAGGUGAUCCCACGUCCAAGUGCGCGAUCGACAAAAAAACUAAGUGCGCGGCUCGCUUCCUCUAUUAUGCUAAAAACGCGAAUCAAUCAAUUCAUCAACAACAAGGUGACAACCCGACCCCCGCCGCCCAUUCAACUUCUUCAGCAAUUGCAGCCGCCAUCGAGUGGACAAUUGCACGAAAAGAACUUGAAGAUUACCCACGGUAAAUCGCACGCGAGUGAUCUAUUUACGGCAGAUUUCGAGAUAAACGACGUUCGCAUUGCGGCCAGGAAUAUAUUGACCAAGGGCCAAACGCACGAUGAAAUUGCUCAGCAUUCUGGAGCAUCCAUUUCAACACGAGGAAGGUACAUCUCUCCAGUUGAAAAGGCUCGUGGAAUUAGCAACGAUCGGCCAUUAUACUUAUUCAUACAAAGCGACACUAAAAAAUCUUUGGAAUUGGCAAUAGAGAAAAUCAAAGAGAUAAUAGCGAACACCCAACAUUCGCCAAAUACUGUAGCUAAUAGCAUCAAUCGAAUGUCAAAGUUUAAUACGCGACCGCCAUUAACAAUGGCGCCUCAACAAACAGCUAAUCAAGCAAAUUCAACGUUCAUUGAAAAAUUGAUGAUAGGAUUGGAGCAUGCACCACCAACAUUCAAUGUUAGAGAACAAGUGAUUGGAGUAGGUGGAGCGAACUUACAAUACAUACGAAAUGAGACUGGCGCUAUUGCAACCUUACGAGGAAGAGGUUCUUUAUUUAUUGAUCCCGUUCUAGGGACCGAAUCUCCAGAAUCACUACACUUAUUUAUAGAGCAUCAAAGAUUUGAUGGACUACAAGCUGCUAAACAAUUAGCAAAAAAUUUAAUUGAAACACUGCAGCAAGAAGUUGUACAUUUACAACAACAAACCUCUCAGAACACUCAAAACGUUGCAAUAUCAAACAAUAAUUCAAUUAUUCAGCAAGGGCAGCACGUAACACAUUUGAAUGUGCCACCCCCUAUGUUAGUACCUCCACCUGUAAUUCAGCAAAACUCGCUCGAAUCACAAGCAAAUCAAGCAGCUAUUGUACAACAAAAUUUCAUACAACAGAAUCCACCGCCAAAUUUAGGUGGUCCACCUCAAACUGUUCAAUCUCAACAGCAAACUAUCAUACAUCAACAAAUAAUUCCACAAACGGUACCGAUUCAGUUACAACAGAGCAAUGUUGUUAUUCAGCAACCAGUGCAACAGCAAGCAACAGCCCUAGGGAAUGUUAAUAUCCCUCCGCCAGGGAUACCUAUUCCUAUAAAAUCCGGUCAAAUUGUCCAGUUUCAAACUCCUCCACCAACGGCCCCUGGAACUGCUCAUUUGACACAACCUCCGCCCAAUAUACAGCUGCAACACCAACCACCUGCAGCAACUCAAAUUGUAUUGAACCACCCGCAGGGCUACCAGUAUCAGUACAUUCAACAACCUGUGCAACAGCAGGAUCCUGGAAUGCAACCUAAUCAAGUAACCAUUCAGCAUAUUUAUCAACCACAACAACAAAUUCAAGGAAUUGUACAACAAACUCAACCGCAACCGCAGGCGCAACAAAUUCAGGCGACACCGACACAGCAGUAUAUUACGGUGCAAGGUAGCACCGCGUACAUGAUGCCACCACCAACAAUAAUUCAUCAACCUCAAGCUUCGCAACAAGCUCCACAUGCUCAAGUUCAGACGCAAAUCACCGCAUCAAACCCAAAUAUAAUUUUUCAACCACCACCUCAGCUUCAACAGGUUCAAAUGCAAGUGACGCCUGGAUUUUCAGUUCAAAAUAUGCCUCCCGCGUUAACAUCCAAUACAACCACAGUGGCUACGCAAGAUAACUCAAGCCAAAGUAAUAAUUCAGAGGAAUCAAAUAAUAAUAAUAAAGAAGAGACAAAGUCAGAGGGAGAUCAGACUGAAAGUCCUCAAAAGAGUCCUAAAAUCAAGACAGAAGGUGACAGUCAUUCGAAUGAUAGUGACAAUGAAUCUGGAAACCAAAACCAAACAGUUUCCACGGCAGCAAAUGUAACAUUGUCAGUUCCACCGCCCCAACCACAAACAAUAGCAAUAAAACAUCCCCCGCCAUCCGUUGCUACUAGUAUCACUCUUCCAGUAACUCAGAUGGCGCCGCCAAUAAUGGCAGUACCGCCACCAAUGUCAUGUGUUCAACAUUUUGUUGGAAAUACUCUAAUUACAACACAGCCAACUGCCCAGACGCAUACACAUCAAAUCUAUAGUCAAGUGCCGGUGUCAAUUCAACAAAUUACACAAGCCGGCCAACCGAUACAUGUAUCUGCCCCUAAUGGACAACACUUUCUAGUUAAUGCCACUCCUCAGUGGCAAGCACCACCGCCAACAACAACGCUUACUCAACAGUCUCCAAUACAGCAUAUUUCGCAGAAUGGGACGAUUCAGAAUGUUCAAAUUGCCACGGCUCAACAAAUCGCUCAUAAUGGAACUGAUUUUCGUGCAAUACCACCCCCAACUCUUGUCAGUCAAGCAACAUCAGCACAGCCAGGACAACAGCAUCCCCUAGCAGUGGCAUUCAACCCACAAGUUCAAGUCCAAUUUCAGCCGCAGUUAGUUCAGCAACUGCCACCACCGCAAACUAUUGAACAAACACAAAUGAUGAGUGGCCAUGUAACCGCUGCUCAACCCCAACAACAAUUCAAUAUGAUUCAACAGCAACAACCUCAAAUAUCGUAUCAGCAAACUGUUGUCGGCACGUUCCCGACACAACAGCAAUCACAAAUAAAAUCUAUUUUGUAUCAAGAACAGACCAUUAGACUUGGACAGAAACGCAAGCAUGAAAAUGACGAUUCGGCAUUACUAAAUCAUCAACCGAGAAUGGGAAUGGGCCAAAGGGAUCAAAAUCAGCCGAUGCAUCCGAAUCAACUUCAACAAUCGCUUCAUCAAGCUCCACCUAUGCCUUUGGCGUCGCACGGCAAUUUGCCAGUAAUACAAACAACAAACGGUUCAUCUUCAAGCAAUGCUGGCCAAGAUGAAACCGGCGAACAAAAGGCCCAAUCCGAUCUUCAGCAACAAUUAGCGCAGCCACCUCCUCCACCACCACCACCGACAGGCGGUGCAUUUCCGGAUAAUCGAUCUUAUUAUCAACGAGAUAUGAGUGAAUCGUUUGGUGAUGGACCGAUUCGUCAAUCUUUCGAUGGACCUUUGAACAACGGAGGUCCAGGUCUACGUGGUCCUCGUUUUCAUCAUAACAAUGGAAUGAUGGGUCCAGGCUAUCCCAUGCGUCCACCUUUUCACAUGCCACCGGAUGGCAAUGGUGGAAACUUUCCGAUGCAUAGAAUGAACUUUGGACCACCCCCGCCACCACCACCAUCGUAUCGUGGUGAUUGUCCACCGAAUAUGAGCUAUGGACCACCGCCACGCUUCCGGGGACAAUGGUAAAAUGUUCCAAUAACGUCGGGGUUUGAAUUGUAAACAAUGGAAAAGGGAGCACACUAUUAGUGCGCCAUGUAUAAUGGAGUUUUAUUGAUCAGAAACAGAUGGAUUAGUAGUUAUUUAUGAAAAUGUUACGAAUUCAUUGUAGUUUUAGAGUUUUAGUCGUUAGAAGAAUGGAUUUUAUUCAUGACCAGUGCUGUGAAUUGUCGAAUAGGAUCUACUUGUCCCCAGAAUAAGAUUUCUCAGUUUUUUCUUUUCCUUAGAGAUAUGUAAAUUUAUCCAAUGGUUUGUACAUAGGGUAUAUUUUGUAAAACUUAAUUUAUUUGAAAUAUUAUAUUCAAAAUAUGAAUAAAGUGUUCUAUU